UUCGUAUUUAACGCAAAAAUGAGCGAUGAGGACGAUUUUGGUAUUGGAGGCCUGUAUGAAAAUGGGCGCUGGUUGUGGGACGAAAGACAAAAAAGGAUCGUGUUUUUGAGUAACCUGCGCCCAAAGGUUGAUGAAUUUGAUUUGUAUUACACCCAGCCAAGUGGCGUUAUGGAAUUCAGAGAAGACGUUGAUAUAAUUGAGCAGUUGCGUUACCGCCGCUACUUUCAACGGAAACUGGAACCGGGUCAAGCUGAUGUAAUUAGGUUACAGGAUAUCAAAGACUUGGUCAUUUAUACUGCACCAGUGAACUUUUUGAGCGCAAAACUUAUUAACAUGUUACACACGCCGACAGGGGAACGAUUUCUUAGAGCGCUUAUACUAUACUGUGGCUAUUCUAUUCAGAUAGAAGAUGCGAUGAGAGAGCGCGAUUUAGAGCUGGAAAAGAAAGUAAGAACUCCAGAUAGUGACAUAUUGGAAGAGGAAUAUCGGGACAAUUUAGGAGACCUAAGAAUAUUGGUGGCUAAGGAAUAUUGUACAAUUCUUACUGGUGCCGGAGACAUGAAACCAUUCCACCAUAUGGGUCCCUUGAAGAAACGAAGAUCCCUAAUCGAAAAAGACGCUCGAUCAUUUGAAACGUUCAUACGAAUGUGUGUACAAAUCGUUUAUUUGUCACUCGGGCGAAGAUACUUUAAUCAAAUCGAGUUGGAAACUCAUCGUUUAUUAAAAUCGGAGGCGUUCAAUGCUGUAGGACACAAAUCGCAGGGUCGGGAUCCGAAAAAAGGCCAUAUUCAAGAAGUAUUACUUGGCAAAUGUCUGCGUCACGACCGACAGUUGAAACUUCAUUCUCCGCUUAUGAACGAAGUCUUCUGCACCAGGCAGAUUGAUUACAGACUAAAGGGACUUGGAGUUGUCAAGUAUCCUAACCUGACCACUCGUCUACGGUAUUUACGCCUCGCUGUGGCUGGCCCCGAAGAACAAAUGGCAACUGAAAGUGUAAUAAUAGGCAUCAUUGGCAUGCCGCGGGCGCGAUUCGACACCAUGCUCAGGAUCCUCCCGACGCUUACUCCUGAACAAAAAUCGAAAUCAACUGUCCUGAUGAGUAGGUCGAAACAAGUAUCAUCGGUGACGAAAAGUUGUACGACGAAACAGUCUUUGCACAUGAGGACUUAUCCCGACAUAAUAAUACCACCCAAAGAGUCUGUGGAGAUUGCCGCCCCUAAAGGUUUUUCAGAAGAUCCGGACGAUAUUAACCCAGUGAAUGAGGUCCAGCGACGGCUUUGGCAGAGCAGGUUCAAGAUGAUGAUGAACCUCCUGACCCAAAGGCGAAAACCGCGUCGUUAGCUUUUUAAGCCCAGUUUUAAAUGUGAUAA